UGAUUAUGUGAUACAAAUAGCACCAAUGCAAAGCACCAAGCAAAAGCAAAGAAACCUGAAUUCCUGAACCAAAGCACUUGCGCGAGCUACUACUACUACUACGGCCCAGGUGCAGCCACACACGUACGCCGUAGCCAUCGGCGAUGCCUGGAAGCAUAGCCAGCAGGUGGCGCGAGCUCCAUGGCAAGGACUCAUGGAAAGGCCUGCUGGACCCGCUGGACAUCGACCUGCGCGCGUCCGUCAUCUCCUACGGCGAGCUCGCGCAGGCCACCUACGACGGGUUCAACACGGAGCCGCGGUCGCCGCACGCGGGCGCGUGCGUGUACGGCCUCGCGGACCUGCUGACGGCCAGCGGCGGGGCCGGCGGCGCCGCCGCGGCGGGCGGCAGCAACCGGUACAGGGUGACCAAGUUCGUGUACGCCACGUCGGGGCUGCAGGUGCCCGACGCGUUCCUGCUCCUGCCGCAGCCGGGGCUGCAGGGGCAGGAGCCGGCGUGGUGCAGGGAGUCCAACUGGAUGGGGUACGUGGCGGUGGCCACGGACGAGGGCGCGGCGGAGCUGGGGCGGCGCGACGUCGUGGUGGCGUGGCGCGGCACCGUGCGCAGCCUGGAGUGGGUCAACGACCUCGACUUCACGCCCGUGCCCGCCGCGCCCGUGCUGGGCGCCGCGGCGGACACGCACCCGCGCGCCAUGGUGCACAGGGGGUUCCUGUCGCUCUACACGUCCAGUAACGCCAGCUCCAAGUACAACAAGCUCAGCGCCAGAGACCAGGUUCUUGAGGAGAUCAGGAGGCUGAUGGAGUUGUACAAGCAUGAAGAGACGAGCAUCACCAUCACCGGGCACAGCCUCGGCGCGUCGCUCGCCACCCUCAACGCCGUGGACAUCGUCGCCAACGGCCUCAACUCGCCCGCCGCCGCCGCCGGCGGCCAUUCCUCCUCCUCCUCCUCGGCGCAGCCGGCCCCGGUGACGGCCAUCGUGUUCGCGAGCCCACACGUGGGGGGUCCUUUCUUCAAGGCCGCCUUCGCCUCGUUCGGUGAGCAGCUGAGGGCGCUGCACGUGAAGAACCAGGGCGACGUGGUGCCGCUGUACCCGCCGCUCGGGUACGUGGACGUGGCCGUGCCGCUGCCCAUCCACACGGCGCGCUCGCCGUGGCUGCGCCAGCCGGGCACGCCGCAGACGCUCCACAACCUCGAGUGCUACCUGCACGGCGUGGCCGGGGAGCAGGGCGGCGGCGGCGCCGACGACGGAGGAGGGUUCAGGCUGGAGGUGGACCGCGACGUGGCGCUGGUGAACAAGGCCGCCGACGCGCUCAGGGACGAGUACCCCGUGCCGGUGAAGUGGCGGGUGGCUCUCAACAAGGGCAUGGUCAGGGGCGCCGAUGGCCGUUGGGUUCUCAAGGACUUCGAGCAUGUCUGAUUCAGCUUUAUUAACAAGCUGCCGAUAGUCGACAAACUUCGGCCUUCUAAUAAAGGUGGGUGAAUGAGUCUGUUCGCCGGUCAUAUUGUUAAAUGAUUGGCAAAUUCAACGGAUAAAUUCAAAUGAACAGGGGUGUCUAGAAAAAGAACAAGCUGCCUAUGCAUGAUUCUGCAUGCUGUAAUGCAUGCCUUUUUUUUUCAAGUGUCAAUCAGAACUCAAGUACUACAGA